AUGAAUGCCAUGGAAGACAAUCGACGCCACCAGCCACAACAACCAGGGCUUCGGGCGCAGUCGGAAGCACCUUCAUCCCCCAAGUCGGUAGUGGUCCGCAAGACUCUUGAUGCCAAACUGAACAAGAUGUCUCUCAAUGCCAAACUGAACAAGCGAGACGAAAACAAGGCCACACAAGAACGACGAAAGCGUCUAGAUAUCUUGCGUGGGCAGUAUCAGGAUUCUUCGUGCCGCGAAGAUGACGAUGAUGAUGUCAGUUUGGAUGGAUCCGUCUCUUCCGUGUCCAGUUGGGUGGGGCGCAAGGGACGCAAGCUGUUUGGAAGCAGCAACAGCAGCAGCAAGUCCAAGAAGAAGGGAUCAUCUUCCAACAACAACAAGAGCCACUCAGCUUCCUCUUCCAGUCUCUCCUUGAAUGACAGCAGCACCCGAUUGUCCUCCAAACAACGAGGACUCGGAAGCAUGUUUUCAUCCAAGCGAUUGGAUACCGACCAAGAGGAAGAAGAGGAGGACAUGUCCAUGUCCAGUUUGGGAGGGGACGAUGAUAUUUACAACAAUAGCAUCAGCAUCUACAACAGCAGCUUUUCCACACGGGGCAACGGAAGCAGCAAGGAGAGUCUGGUUGCUAGCGCCAGUCUCUUGGGGGACUUUUCUGACGACGAAGACACGGAUCUGGUCCCGGCACACAAGUCGGACAGCCACCUGGUGCGCAAACGAGAAAAGAAACAGAAAACAUCAAGGAGAAGAAAGGAGUCCUCUAGCAAGGAGAGAUCUGGUAGUAGCAGGGGCGAAGGCAAGACCAGCAAGUCAACCACCUCUAGUAGCACCAAAAGAAGCAAGCAAAGAAAGACCAGAAGGACUGAUGAUGAUGACAAA